AAUUCUGUCAUCAGUUAUUCACCGUCAUGUCGUUCCAAACCCAUACAGCAGAGGAAGAGGGAUGCUGUAUGCAGACUCCAAUCAACUGCAUUUCCUGGAUGCCAGAAGCUUGAGAAACUUCCUCUGCUGUAAACAGAGCAUGCUUCCGAGUCCGGUUGUAUUGUGAGAACAUCGACUCUCGCAUCACACAACACGCAUGCGUCGUGGUUCUCUUGUGGAAGUGAAGAUAUUUUGUGAAUAAAGACUUAAUUUCAUUUUUUUUGCACACACACAGCAUUUGUAUCACUCGUAUAAAAUUGGGAUUAAACCUCUGGAGUCACAUGGAUUACUUUUACGAUGCCUUUAUGAACUUUUUUAACUUGAAAGUUUUGAUUACAUGGACCGUCAAUGGAGGGACCGAAAUCUCCCAGGUUUUAUUAAAAAUAUUUUCAUUUGUGUUCUGAAGAUUAAUAAACGUCUACUGGGCUUGGAAUGACAUGAGGAUGAGUAAUUAAUGACAGAAUUUUCAUUUUUGGGUGAACUAUUCCUUUAAUAGCUAAACUACUGCAGGAUAACACACCAAUCUGGCAACCUCAUUCUAACGUUAUUGUCAGUUCAAUCUGGCAACCUUUGUUUGUAGUCAUGAGGGACGCGCUCUCUCUGCGCAGUGCGCAUGCGCGGUUUCUUAGGCAUCAGGGUGAAGAAACACACUGGGCGCAGUUUUGAAAGUGUAAGGGUUGCGGAGCUGCAGGAAUCAUGGGAACCGUGUUCCUGUCAGCGGACGAGGCGCACGCUGUGCUGCGGAGGCUCCCGCGGGCCAACUUCUUCCUGGAAGAGAUGAAGCAGGGAAACAUCCAGCGCGAGUGUAGGGAGGAGAUCUGUAACUACGAGGAGGCCCGAGAGGCGUUCGAGAACGACGAGAAGACGCGGCGAUUCUGGGAGGAAUACCAGCGCGAGAGCAGCCCCAAACCCGGAGGACUUCAGUCCAUAGUGGGCGGAGUCAACUCGCUGUACCUGGUCCUGCCCCUGCUGCUGCUGCUGCUGCUCAUCGCCGCCGUCACGUUCACCGCGUGGAGGUGCCACUCGCGCAAAAGAUCCCAGCGCAGCCCCGCCAUCGCCCAGAGAGACUCCGCCCUCGCCGUCGUUUCCAUGGACCAGUGGGGGCAAAGCUAUCAGCCUGACCCCGCCUAUUCUGGUGAUGACAUCACACCCGGGCAGGUCAGCGCCGCGGAUCCGCCUCCGUCAUACGAGGAAGCCGUGGGUCACAUGGAUGUGCACGUGGAGGCGGAGCCUCCGCCCCAGUACGAUGACAUUGUCAGAGGCCCUGCGAGCAACACUGUGAUUGGUCAGGCCAAGUGAAGCACGCUCCAAUCACAACGCGCCCUCACUCCUGAGGUUUACUCCACGCCAAUCGCUGCUUCUGUUAGCGCUCUUUACAACGAGAGACUGCGUGCAACUCGCCAGUUCACUGCUGAAAUAGACGUUUUAAUACAAUUAAUACCAGCAACCGCCAGAAAUAAGAGCGCUAACACUCCGAUCAAGUUCUAACAGCGAAGAAAAUAGAUUUGUUUUCCAAAAAACAAAAAAAUACCAUAUACUCAGUUUGCCACAGUAUAUAUCACUCCGGAGUGUAAGAUCCAACUUCUUACAAUCUGCUCACAGAAAAAUAUAUAAAUGUUGCAUUAGCGCAACGGGCAUUUUUAUUUUAUUUUUAUACAUUGCCAUAAUUACUAAAUUCUAAAAUUAGUCAAUUUUAUGCUAGUUCUUUUAGUGAUUAAGAAUCUCAAACACAAACCCUGAAACUCAUUUGAACGAGUCUUUUAAAGAAAAACGUCAGACGUAUCGAGUCAAAAUCAUCCAAAUGCAGAAUAGAAAUCUUUUUUGGUCAAAAUAUAUUCGGUGCAAAGACUUUCCACUUUGCUCCCCUAUGAAAAUUUUCCCGUAACUACUGGAGUAUUACGACUACUAUUAUAAAGAAACACUAAUAAACAGGCAAAAAUUGCAUCUUAUAGUCCAGGGAAUGAUAAUAUAUUAAAUCCGAAUGCAUCCUAACCGGCGAAGGAAACACAAAGGUUUUGUUUAUCAAGAAUGAACUUGAGAAGUCGUGUGUCAGGCAGUAAAUAAGAAGUGUAAAUACAACAGCUCGUCCAGUUCUGCUGCUGCUGCUGCGAGUUAUCCGAGUGAGCCGUCUCACUGUCAUUCCUCAUCAGGCUUCACUGCUGCUGGGCCUGAAACCCUGAAAUCGAGCCAAACCUCAGCUCCCGGGUGCAAAAAGCCUGAGUCAUAGGAUCGAGAAAAGCCGAGGAAGCACACUUUUCUUCUUCAUCUACUUCAUCUUCUUCAUCUUCUUCACUUUCUUCUGCUUUUACACCUUAGCUCUCCAAUAUUCCAGCUCAUUACAUACUGCAACAGUAGCACCCAUGAUCCGAUAGCUGUAACGCAGAGUGUGUGCUCUAACACACCCGAUCGAUAGGAAACGAGUGUGUGAGUGUAGAGUAAGCGCUAAUGUGUGCAGCGCUGUAGCCAGACUAGCAUAUCGCCAGCAUUCAGCUCCAUUCACACCAGCAAGUGACGGUUCGUUUUCUGUGAAAGUGCGCAUGAAUGUGAUGUUAAAAUUCUAACACGUUUUAUGCAAAUUAGUUACACGAACAGAGACGAUGCGACUUGUCGGGUUUUUCGGACCGAUCGUAUGUCCGUUUAGUUACAUUUACAGAAAAGAAAAAUGUUACGGCGAUUUCUAGUAGCUGUGGAAAAAAUGUAAGGAAUAAAGCACUAGGUGUCGUGCUAUUCUAGGAAAGUAAUCAAAGACCACUUUUAUUUUUCUUUUAAAAAUAAUAACACUUGUCUACGAUUACAUUUUUUCUACUUUUUAUCCAUUUACAGUUACAGUUUUAUGUAUAAAUGUGAUACCAGUAUCGCAUCAAAAAUAGAAAAUAAAAAUAGCAUCUGUUUUUUUUUUUUUGUUUUUUUUUUUAAUUUUUUGUGCUAGCACUUUGUUAGCAAUUUAAUUAUCAUGACGCAUUUUGUUUCUCAGUAACAAGCUGCAUCUCUGUUUUUUUUUUUUUUGUGUUCUUAUUAACUUCAGAAGAGGAAAAAGAGAGAGGCUGGUGAGGGAACGAUUGUUUAUAGCUGCUGUAAUGUAACUGAGGAACGAACAGGAACUAACUUGUUCCGCAUUAAAUGUAACUAUAAAUGGAUAAAAAGUCUUUUGUGAAUUGCUGUGGUAUAAGAAGAAUAAAACAGUUCAGGAUGUGCCAUUUAUAGGAACUUAAUCACCUCCCCUUCAUCACGCCAGGCAGAUCAUUGAUUAUUUUUUUAUUCCCGCAUGACACAAAGUGGUUUAUUCCUCUUAUACCACCUCUUAUUCAUCUGCAACUUCUAAUCUUUGGCUCUCAGUCCUGAUGCACUGAGAUAAAUCACGCUAUUACAGAGGAAAGAAAUGAUUCAGAGUUUAAAUUUAGCAAGAAAUGUUAUUUUCUUUAUUGUGGCUGUGAGUCACGUAAAUUAAAAUAAAUUAAAAUAAAUUAAAAUGUUCAGCCAAUUGAAAGGCAGCGUUAGGAGGCAGAUGACGGACAGAUUUAAAGACGGUAACGUGUCCUCUGUGGAAGUUUGUAAAGCAGCAGAUAAAAAUGUUUAACUCUGUUAAUUACUCUGUUCAUUUACGUAGCAUUUUUAAAGAACAAAAUACAAUAUAAUUUUGUGAAUCACGCUAAAAAAUUGCGCAGUUUAUCGUCUGUAAAUUGCGACGGUUUGCAAAAGUGGAAAAUUUGCUAUGCACUAUUUUUUCUAUUAAUUACUUUUUUUUUUUCUUUCCACAAAGUGAAUUUGUUCAUAAUGAAACACUUUGCUACAGGAAAAUCAGGUGAAAAUAACCUCACAGACUGUAAUAACUGUACUUUAAAACACAGCAUCAUGCAGCACACUUGUUUGUUUGUUUUGUUGUUUGUUUGUUUGUUUUUUUGCUUUAAUUGAUUGCAGGAUUUCUGAUCUACACGGAGUUCACUAACACGGUUUUUAACGUCUGAUGUGAAGUGUGUUGUUGCAAAAAACUCAACACUAGUCUGUUUGUGGAGUGUUUUUUUUUGUUUUGUUUCGUUUUUAAAUCAGAUAAAGAAAUAUUCAUUUCUCCUGGGAAAAUGAGGAUUUACAUUUUUUGGAAUGUAUUUAAAAAAAAAAAUUUUCUAGUUUUGUCUGCACAAAGCCAUAUUUGGAUGCAAGACAUUUCUCAAGAUGUCCAAAAGUUUACGUAGUGUUUAAAGGAAUUGUUUGGUUAAAAAAAAAUGUACACAAUUUUAUUUCCUUUCCCACAAACGUAGUCCAUGAGCCAAGACCACGUCACCCAAAAUCUUUUCCCAAAAUAGUAAAAUAAUAACUGUAUGAUCUUCAUGUCUGCAUGAACUUCUUUUUGGAGGCGGAGCCUCGGGAUUGUCUAAGAUGGCCGCCCUCGUGACGUUCCAGCGGUCAGCUCCAUGGUGGCGUUUUGUUUUGGUUUAGAAAUGACAGAUUCGCACUCUGCCCCAUGCAGAUAUUUACAGAAAAGAUUGCGGGUGACUUUCUUUACGUUAGCUACAUCAGCCUCGUAGCUCUAGUGCCAAACUACAGAAGCAAACUUCUCACACUGAAUAUUAAAUAAAAACAUGAAGGUCAUGGUAGAACUGUGUGGCGAAAAGUUAAAGGAAAACUCCACCCUGAUCGACUUUGUUUAACUUUUCUCAGUCUGUUUUCUUUUUUUUUUUUCACCUGAUAGUGGUGCAGUGGGAUUAAUGCUGCAUUCACGACAACUUGGAACUCUAAACUGUGAAAAUUCACUGUUAAUAGCGCUGAAAAUGACAUGAAAGCGCAGUUUGAUUAAAAAAAAAAUAAAAUACUGCAAAAAGUGAAUUAACAUGUAAGUUCUCAAAGUAUCACUCAGUUAAAUGUUGCUGAUUGAAAAACAUGAAUAAAAAAAAAGAUGAUCUUGCGUUAUCACUUAGGUUCGAGAUCAUUGAAUUGUUUCUCUCCUUUCAAACUCCAUUGUAACUACGCUAGCAGUAACCAUGACAACACACCCAUGCGACAUCAGAUCGGCCCCCAACGCGCAAACUUCUCACCGCGAUAAUGAAAAUACAGCAACGUCCAACAAACUGGCACCAGAAUCAC